UAAACGGCAGUUGGAUCUGUUUCAUAGUGCAUUUGAGUAAAAAUGAAUGAAACCAGACAUUCACAUAGCCAAAGUGAUUUGAAUUCGUCGUGCUCGGACGAACUCAAAACAGAGCUGCAGAAGUUACACAAAUCUGAGCUAAUUGUUAAAAUAUUGAAGCUUCCUGAUUGUCCGCUGUCCGUUGAGAACAGAGCUCUUCUCAGUAUUUAUCAAUACGAAGGCUCACUCCCGCUGGGUUUGGACAAUAUUCGGAACAUUGAACUGAGCUAUAACGAAAGAGUAUCACUGAGUCGUUUUGUUGAGAUGAACAUAUUAGAAAUUACACGACCGGUUAUUCAUAAAGUACUGAAAUUGACCGAUAACAAUUUAAAUACUCUUGGCGAGUUUGUAUACAAAGAUUAUGGAGAUGUUCUAGAGUUGGAAUCAGAGAAACGAAAAUUGACCGAAAAUUUAAUUAGGAUCAGAAAUCGUAAGUCACAUUUUAUGAAUUUAUGCGCUGAAAUGCGAACAGGACCAUAUCAAAGAAAUAAUAUAGAAACGAAGAAUGCCGAGUGUAAAGCAUUACAUAUAAAGGUGGAGACUAUUCAAAAAGUUAUGGUUCAUGAGGUGAUUACUAGCACGACACACGCGGAAAAAGCUGUGAAGGAAGUUGAAGCAAACAUAGAUGCUCUUCUCAGUCUGAAAUAGAGUAAGUCAAUUAAUCAUUCCUUAAUAUCACGUACAAUUUACGCACCUUAGUC